UCCCACUUUCCUUGGCUUUUCUUUUGUUUUAUAAAAUUUGUUCUCCCAAGUCCCAUUCCUUGGUAUAGACAUUGAUCUCUGGUCUCUGGGUGGCUGGUGACUGUCCCAUGAGAGAAGGGGGGAGAUGGUGCUCAAGUCCAGGAUGAAGUGGGCAGCCCUGGGAGGGCUGGUCCUCUCUGCCUUCUCUCUCUUUACUCACUGCCUUCUUGCAGUGUACUCUGGAAGGAGCUUAUCUCAAUACCAGGAGCCAGACCCAGUGUUGUCUUGGGUGCAGAGAUUUCAGACUGGUACUCUUCCCACACUGAGUCCAAUAUAUAGAAGAUUAUGGGGACCAAUUCGGCCUUUGGGGUCUAUACUGCCACAUGCAAAUCCUAGAGGAAGUUACAAAGCUCCUACUUCAGAAGCCAAUGGUUAUAUUUUUGUCAAGAUACAAGGAGGUUUUCAUGAAAUAAGAAAUUCGAUAUGUGAUGUUGUUGCGGUUUCAAGGCUUCUCAAUGCCACUUUAGUGAUUCCUGUACUUCAACCUACCACUGGCAACAAGGGUGUCAGCUCUGAUUUCAAGAGCUUUACAUACCUUUACAACGAGGAUCAGUUUAUUGUAGCAUUAGCAAAGGAUAUCAAUGUUGUAAAAGCCCUGCCAAAGAAUAUUAAGGCCGCCAAGAGGAGGAAAGAGAUUCCUUCUUUUAAAGUGCCUUACUCAGCUUCACCAGAUUAUUACAUUGAAGUAGUUCUUCCAGCACUAAAACAGUAUGUGGUUGUAGAACUAAAAGUUGCAGAUGGAGGAUGUUUGCAGGCUAUUCUUCCCCCUCAACUUGAAGAAUACCAGAGACUGAGAUGUAGAGUUGCUUUUCAUGCUCUUCUCUUCCGGCAAGAAGUCCAAGAUCUUGGUAUGAAAAUGCUGCACAGGUUACGUGCCUCUGGGCGGCCAUUUUUAGCUUAUGAUUCUGGAAUGACUCUGGAUACUUUAGCUUAUCAUGGUUGUGCUGAACUUUUCCAGGAUAUACACAAUGAACUUAUACAACGCAGAAGACGGUGGAUGAUAAAGCAUAAGUUGAUCAAGGAUAAACUUUCUGUCGAUUCCAUGAAACAAAGGCUUAACGGUUCAUGUCCACUUAUGCCUGAGGAGGUUGGUAUUCUUCUACAUGCAUUUGGCUACUCAUCGGACACCGUAAUAUAUGUUUCAGGGGGGGAAUUAUUUGGUGGGCAGAGGAUAAUGAUCCCUUUUCAUGGCAUGUUUGAGAAUGCCAUUGAUAGGACCUCAAUUAGCACAGUUGAGGAGCUUACUAGCAUUUAUGGUCAUGAGGAAUCCCUCUUCACUGAUCUUCCUCAGCAACCUCUGAACAAGGAAGAAGUGUUGCUUGAGGCAUGGAAGACAUCAGGUCCUCGACCCAGGCCGCUUCCACCACCUCCCGCAAGACCCAAAUACCAAUCCACCGGCAAUGAUUGGUGGCGCUGGAUAGCCAACACUAAUGAAAAGCCUGAGAUGACUCUCAUGGAGUUAAGAACCAAUGCCCACAAACUUAUUUGGGAAGCAAUAGACUACUUAAUCAGUGUUGAAGCAGAUGCAUUUUUUCCUGGAUUUGACCGAGAUGGCAAGGGACACCUAAAUCUUGCUAGCUUGAUCAUGGGGCACCGCCUUUAUCUGUAUGCUGCAUCAAAAACAUUUCGACCAAACAGGGAAGUUGUAGCCAAGCUUUUUGAGGAAACCCGCAGUCAUCUAUACAAAGGAAAUCAGACCUGGCACCUAUUGGUACGUGACCACCUCAAUCGAACUGCAUUAGAUGGACUCAAUGAAGCAUCCAUGAACUUGAAGCCAUUGUCAUUUCUCUCGCACCCAAUUCCCGAAUGUUCGUGCUUAAGGCAAGAUAGACUUGAAGCAGCGGGUCGCAAUGCUGCUGGUUCCUCAAAAAGGUUGAACUCGUGGGUUUUGUUUGGAGUUACAUACUCAUGCCCUGCUUGGAUGGAAACUGAAAUUAGCACUGUUUCUGAGAAAGAAGUGGACACAGAGGAGGCUGGCGAUUUAUUGUCUGAACAAAUUUUUCAAUGGAACAAUAGUCAAGAAAUUGGUGGUACAGAAAUAAGUGGCCGAGAAGAUGCCCAAAUAGUGGAUGAAGAGUAUCUUGAGGGUGGUGAAGGAUGA